GCCAUUCCUUCUUUGUAUUUUCAAGGUGAUGGAGAGUGAGAGCAAACUGAAAGAGAGUCUCAUUGAGUGUGACAGAGAGAAGGAGCAGUUGGAGGUGAAGUGCUCUCUGUUGGAGAGGGGAAAGGUCCAACAGAGUCAGACAAUCUGCCAGCUGACGGAGGAGGCGCGGCAGGCCAGGUCUGCAGCUGCUGGCCUGCAGGCUCAGCUGGAGGAGGCCGGACGAAAGGCCUUACAGCUGGAACGGCAGCUAACGGAGAGGGGCGCUGAGUUCAGGGAGCUGGCCUCUCUGCGAACAGAUCUGGAGAACCUGCGAACUCUGACCCAGAGGCAGGAGCAGAGCCUGGUCCAGAGCCAGAGGGAGGCCCAACAGAGGGAGGCAGAGCUGGCCGGCCUGGAGGCCGCGCUGACCCUGCUGCAUCUACGAGAGGAUGUGGUGGGGACGCUGUGUGUCAGGCCCUGCAUGCUUCCCCCAGUGGACUACUCAGGAACUGCACACCUACUGAAUCUGAAGCCAGGUGAAGGCUACCAGCAGCUGCUGCGCGCCCUGCAGCUGAUGGAAGCAGAGCGGAGCAGACAGAGCAGUCUGGUGGAGCGGCUGCAGGAGCGUCUCAGCAGGUCCCAGGAGGAGACCUCCACCCUGCAGAGCUCCAUGGCCCAGAGAGCCUCCCACUACCAGAGACUCCACUCAGAGCUGCUGGACAGAGUCAGCCACACCACCGACAAAGAGAAGGAGUUGAAAAGAAAAAGUGCACGUGUGGCUGCGCUGGAGAAACAGCUACAGGAGAAGACCUCUGCUUACAGUCAGGCUGCUCUGACCAACACCGAGCUGGAGAAUCAGCUACUGGAGAAAAAGGCCACUGUUCAGCAUUACCAGUCAAUGAUGAGUAAAAAGCAGAAAGAGUACCAGCAGUCUUUGGAGAGCUGUCAAAACUCUCAAUCGCACCAACUGACUGAGCAUCAGCACAGAAUAGAAAUGCUUCAGCUGUGUGUGGAGGAGGCUGAGACUCGGGUGUUGGAGAUGGAGCAGAAUCUAGGCUCAGUCCAGACGGAGAGAGACGAGGCUCAGGAGGUUGCUUUCCUGCUGCAGAGCUCCGUGGAACAACUCACACAGCAGAGGCAGGAUGAAGUGCAAAACAACGAGGAGUUGCUGAAGCGUUUGGAAGAGCAGGCGACUCAGUCUGCCACCAAGGUGAGUGAACUGCAGACGUCUCUGUCAGAGUGCAGAGAGGAGCUGGUCUUCUACCUGCAGCAGAUGGAGGAGGUGACGAAGAACUAUGAGAGUGAGCUGCAGAAGAACAAAGACAAGGUAUCCUCCCUGCAGGAGAAGCUCCACAGCACCACCCUGGUGUGUCAGAGCUCUGGUGAGCAGAACCUGCAGCUGCAGCUCUCUCUGCAGCAGCAGCAGAGCAUGCUGACCGAGAGCUCUGCUCACAUCUCGGAGCUGGAGGAGAGUCAGAGCCAGCUGCAGGAACAGGUGUCCAGUGUGGAGCAGCAGCUGGAGCGGGCCCGGGCGUCUCUGCAGGGCGAGGUGAGGAGCAGGGAGCAGGACGUCCAGAGGAGAGAGGGGGAGCUGCAGGAGGUCACCCAGCAGAACACACAGCUGGCAGAGAGUGUGGGCCAUCUGAAAUCAGAAAUGGUAAAGUGUCGAGGGGAGCUGGUUUCUAAAGAUUCAGAGCUGCAUCGCCUGCAGAGGGAUGUCAGCGUCAAGACUUCUCAGAUCAGCUGCAUGGACGAAAGCCUGCAGCAGCUGAGGAGCCUGCUCAACAGCAAGAGUGACAUGGUGAUGGACCUGGAGGAGCAGCUGCACCGCUGUGAGGCCGACAGGAGCAACGUCUUCCAGCGGCUGCAGGUCCUGGAGGGCCAGCUGCAGGCGGUGCGCACCGAGCUGACCGAGACUCUGGAGCAGCUGCGGGAACUCCGAGACGUUCUGCAGAGAACCCAAACCACCGCAGACGAGAGGCAAGCCUCGGUGAAAAAACUGACAAUCCAACUUAGUGAGACCCAGAGGGAGUUGGAGGAGAGGACUCAAGAGGUCUUAGACAUGGACCAUGCACUGAAGGAGAGACAGGAGGAGCUCGAACAGAGAGCACAGCUGCUGGGUCACCUGGAAGUGGCCAUCAGGGAGCACAAGCAGGAGAUGGAGAGGAAGGUGGAGUCACUGCAGCAGAGCCUGGAGGCCAGAGAGAGAGAGCUGAGAGACACACAGAGGGAGCUCACACACACAAGCAUGAAGGAAUCCCAGGAGCAUGAUCAGCAGCUGCGUGUGUGUCAGCAACAGCUUCACUCUAUACAGCAACAACUUGAGGAAGCUGAACGUCGAUGUGAGGAUUUAACCAGAGAGCUGCACGCCACCAAGCUGCAUAAAAAAGAGAAGGAGGCCCGGCUGUGCGAGCUGGAGGAGGAGCUGGCUCUGAAGCUGCAGUUGGAGGCCGGGCUGCAGAGCAUGGUCACGUCUUUAGAGCAGGAGCUGGAGCAGGAGAGGGAGCAGCACAGCAAAGAGCUGGAGUCCCUGCAGCAGACCCGAGCUCAGCUCCUCAAAGUCUCCUCUCAGAUCUCCUCCACCAUGCUCUCAUCUCAGGAGCAGCUCGCCACUAAACUCCAGCAGAGCCAGAACCAACUGGACCAAACCAAAACCCAGCUGGACCAGACCAAAGAGGAGCUGGAUCGCGCCCGGAGCCAAGUCGGUCUCCUCCAAACUCAGAGAGAUCAGGCUGAGACGCAGCUCCGUCAGAGUGGAGCUCAGCUGGAGCAGAGCAGGGUCCUGUACCAGCAGACCCGGGCCCAGAACCUUCAGCUCCACACCCAGCUGGAGCUGCUCAGCACCCAGCUACAGCACUCCAGAGUCCAGGCUGCCCAGCUGCAGGCUCAGCUGCAGGCCUCCAGGAGGACCAUGGAGACCUCCGACGAGUCCAUGCUCAUCAAGGAGUCUGAGGUGACCCGUCUCCAGGCCAGGAUCUCCAGCCUGGAGCGAGCUGCUGAGCGGCAGCACCACCUGUACACCCACACCCCCUCCCUCCCCGCUCUGAGCACAGUCACACACUCCUCAGAGUGCUCCUCCCCUCCUUCCUCCCCCCAUAACACUCCAACAACCCUCCCCUCUCCUGAGCACGCUCACUUGCCUCGCCCUCGCUUAACACCCCCGCCUCACACCUACCUUCGUCCAGCCUCCGCCCCUCGUCUCUCCAUCCAAUCAUGCGACUGGCUGAGCAACAGCGUGGACUCCUCUCUGGAUCUCCCCCUGAGCCUGAAGGAAACCCUGAUGGAGGCUCUGAGCAAGCAUCCGUGGGAGUCCCCAACCUCCGGCUCCUCUUUCCCUAACACGGUGGACCACAGCUGGCAGGGUCUCAGCGCCGUGGAGACCACAGUGACCUCUGACCUCUCCUUCAACCCUCUUACAUACAGGGUGGAAACAAAAGAACAUGGAAGAGACACGGAAGCUCCCUCCAUGCAGCUGGGAGACGACGAGGAGCAGAUCAGUGAGUCCAGGAGGGAGUCUGUGAACACCCUGGUGGGGGAGGAGGUGGAGGGGGACAUGAGUUCACUGACAGGGAUGCUGAGGUUUGUUAACAAGACGUUAGCCAUGCAGGAGGAUGCGUCUUUAUGGAGCUCCACAAGGCCGUCACAGAGCAGCCUCACACUGCAGGUAACAACUCCUCCUGUCUUGAGAUAUACAGAGGAUGACUUGCAACACAUUAUCCAGCUGAUUACACCUCAGUGUUAA